AUGUACUGUCCUGCUGGUGAUCAGGCCGAGGCUGGAAACAGGGCAGCAUCACAUCGCGUCCGUAGUUAUUCGUCCUUUUCCAAUUCACUCGACUGCAACGUGUUGGCCAUAGACUAUCGCGGGUAUGGUGACUCUACUGGCAGUCCAUCAGAGCAAGGUGUGCUUGAGGAUGCAAGGGCAGCUUUCGAUUAUGUGACGAGUUUCACUGGGAUUGAAAACGCAGAGGAGAAAGUGAUACUGGUCGGCCAAAGCCUGGGCACAGGCGUCGUUUCAGGUCUAGGUGGGCUCCUCGCUCGAGAAGGUAUCACGCCUCGAGCACUUGUCUUGAUUGCGCCCUUCUCAUCCGUCACAGAGCUUCUCACCAGUUUUAGGUUUUUCAAAUUCAUUCCAAUGCUGGGACCUUUGAGCUCUAUACCCUGCCUGCAAACCUACUUCCGGUCAUUCCUGCAGCAUCCCUUCAGCUCCCGUGCUGCCCUGCAAGACGUAGCAGCACCGGUAUUACUACUCCACGCUGUCAACGAUGACACCAUUCCUCACACACAUUCAUCUGUACUGUUUGGGUCUCUCAUGGCGCCGUAUGUCACUGGAGGGGACGAUGUCGAAGGGUUCGAAGAAAGACAGUACGAAGGAUGGGGGACAGUGCGAUCUUUUCAGAGAGGGGAGAAAGGCCAAGUCAUAUGGUGGGAAGGGAUACACGGUGGGCACAAUGAUCUUGGAUGGGCUGAGGGCACGUUGGACCUGAUAGCCCGGGUUGCUGGGUUGGAGUGA